UAGCUCUCGGAAGGAAGAGAGAGAGAGAGAGAGAGAGACAGAGAGAUGGCGUCGCAGUCGAACGAUCCAAGGCAACCAUCGGCCGCGCGGCCAUACAAGCCGUCAGUCGUAGCCCCGCAAGACCUCCCCGUAGAUUACUCCGGAUUCAUCGCUGUCGUAUUCGGUGUUUUUGGAGCCAUGUUCCGGUACAAGCUGUGCUCGUGGCUCGCUAUUAUAUUCUGUGCACAAUCGCUUGCUAAUAUGAGGAAUGUUGAGAAUGACCUCAAGCAAAUCUCCAUGGCCAUGAUGUUCGGCAUUAUGGGAUUGGUGACAAACUACAUGGGCUUAGGACCUCGGGCAAGCCCAAAAAAGUAACUUGGAUUUUGGAUUUAUGCUCUAAUCAUCAUAAGCUUUUACCCGUCUCUGUACCCUCGAGAAUGUGAACACUCAUUUACAGUAUUUCGGUAUCUGUUUGACUUUUCCUUUAGAUAUUAUGAUAGUUUUAAUUUCCAUUCCAAAGUAAUUGGAUAUAUUGGUCAUAUUGGGGAGGCAGGGUGGAUGUUUCUUAUGGAUAUUCACCUAUACUUUAGAAGUUAGACUCAAUGUGAAUUUACCGUUUGUGGUUUUCAUUCCCAACUUGGUUUUACUUUGACGGAUAUCCCCAUUGGAUCUUGCUACA